AUGGGUUCUAAGGGUUCGAAAAAGGUCAAAAUCAAUGAUCAUAAAGCUAAGGAGGUCGAAGAAAACCUUCCAAAAGUUGCAGAAACAGAAAAGUUACCAGAAAGUUCGAAACCAACAAAAAAUGUUCAAUUUCGUAUCAUGGUAGGGUCUUACGAACACAACUUAUUGUGUUUAUCAGUCCUUUUUAACAAAUCUCAACCAGUAUUUCAACCAAUAUUUCAUUUUCAAGCACACUCACUCUCGAUCAAAUCAAUUGAUUUAGCAAAGAGAUACUUAGUAACUGGAUCGAAUGAUGAACAUAUUAGAAUAUACGAUUUACAGAAAAGAAAAGAAUUAGGUACCUUGUUGAGUCACCAGGGAACUGUGACAACAUUGAAGUUUUCUAACGAAGGUAUUUCAGACGAAUCACAGAAGCACGAAUCGACAGAUAAGUCUGGAAAAUGGCUCUUGUCUGGAUCUGAAGACGGAAAAAUUAUAAUAUGGAGAACUAAGGACUGGGAAACAUUCAGCACUUUGAAGGGCCAUCAAGGCCGUGUUAAUGAUUUAGCUAUCCAUCCAUCGGGACGUGUUGCUAUUUCAGUUUCACAAGAUCAAACUAUCAGAUUAUGGAAUUUAAUGACAGCCAAAAAAGCAGCUGUCUUGAAAAUCAAAGGUAGAGAUCAUUUAGGACAAUGUGGUGAAUAUGUGAGGUGGUCACAAGAUGGUAAAUACUUCAUGGUUGGUUUAUUAAACCAAUUAUUAGUCUACGAAACUUCGAAUGCUAAAAUUAUUAAAAAAAUCAAAUUCAAUUCAACUUUGAUGUGCAUGGAAGACCUUUCUAUAGAAGGAAAGGAAUGGCUUGUUACAGGGCAUAGUAAUGGAUGUAUUGAUUUCUUUGAUUUCAAGGAACAGUUGACUACACAAAGGGAACCAGAGGCAGAUGAAAAGAAGAUCUGGGAAGCCAAGGCUGAAAGCAUUGAACCAGUUUUUACAUUAAGAGGACACACGAACCGUAUUAAGGAUUUAUCAUUGAUUCACCAUCCAGUUGAAACUAACGAUGUCCCAUAUUUAGUAUCAGUUUCAUCUGAUGGUAAAAUCGUUAUAUGGGACGUAUCCGAAUCUGUUAGAGAUCAAGUGGCAAUUUACGAUAGUGGUGAAAGAUUGAACUGUGUGGUAACAUGCCCUGAAACGGUUGAAAAAUCGUCUACUAUGAAAAGACGCUUCAAUGAGAUUCCAGAAAAGGAAGAUGCAGAAUCAGAAUACGAAACUGACGGUGAAGAAAUCAAGAAGGUUAUGUUGAAGGGUAAAAAGAAGGGUAAGAAGAACAAGAAGACAAAAGUCAGUGUCACCUUAGAAUAG